CCUCCCGCCGCGGAUCCGCCAGACAGCGAGGCCCCCGGCCGGGGGCAGGGGGGACGCCCCCUCCGGGGCACCCCCCGGGCUCGGAGCCGCCCGCGGGGCCGGCCUCAGCCGGGAGCGGAGGAAGGAGCCGCCGAGGAGCAGCCCGAGGCCCCAGAGUCUGAGACGAGCCGCCGCCGCCCCCGCCGCCGCCGCCGCCGCCACUGCGGGGAGGAGGGGGAGGAGGAGCGGGAGGAGGGACGAGCUGGUUGGGAGAAGAGGAAAAAAAGUUUUGAGACUUUUCCGCUGCCGCUGGGAGCCGAAGGCGCGGGGACCGCAUCGCGCAGCGCUGCUCCUCGAGGCAGGACUUGAGGACCCCAGACAGCAGCAGACCCCGCCACCGCCUCGGACGCUUGCUCCCUCCCUGCUGCCUACACGGCAAUCCCCAGGCGCCCCCAUUCCGGACCAGCCAUCAGGAACCGCAAACCCGACUCCCGCGAAGACUUGACCCCAGAAUUCGGGUGCACCCCACUGCACGGCCCCCCAACUCCCCAGCCUCUCUCCUGAGCCCCCGCGCAUCCGAGGACCCUUCUCCGGGAUCCGGGAGACGGGAUCUCUCUCAGACUUGCCUCAGCUUUCCUAUUCAAGAUCACCCAUCUCUAGUACCAGAGCUCACCCGUUUCGGUUUUUUUCCGUGGGAUACCGAGAACCCACCCAUCAGAGCCUCCCCUCCAGCUCUGCUCCGUUCUCCCUGAAGGCCUCAACUCUCCCCACAAACAGACCCUCCUACCUUUUCCUCGGGAGACCCCCACCCACCCCAGCCCCUGUAGGGGCGGGGCCUCCCUCUUCCCACCCCAGCGCAGCUCGCGCUCUCGGCUGUGCCGGGGGGCGCCGCCUCCCCCAUGCCGCCCUCGGGGCUGCGGCUGCUGCCGCUGCUGCUGCCGCUGCUGUGGCUACUAAUGCUGACGCCUGGCCGGCCGGUCGCCGGACUGUCCACCUGCAAGACCAUCGACAUGGAGCUGGUGAAGCGGAAGCGCAUCGAGGCCAUCCGCGGCCAGAUUCUGUCCAAGCUUCGGCUCGCCAGCCCCCCGAGCCAGGGGGACGUGCCACCCGGCCCGCUGCCCGAGGCCAUACUGGCCCUUUACAACAGUACCCGCGACCGGGUGGCCGGGGAAAGUGCCGAAACGGAGCCUGAGCCAGAGGCGGACUACUACGCCAAGGAGGUCACCCGCGUGCUAAUGGUGGAAUACGGCAACAAAAUCUAUGAGAAGAUGAAGUCUAACUCGCACAGCAUAUAUAUGUUCUUCAACACGUCUGAGCUCCGGGAAGCGGUGCCCGAACCUGUGUUGCUCUCUCGGGCAGAGCUGCGCCUGCUGAGGCUCAAGUUAAAAGUGGAGCAGCACGUGGAGCUGUACCAGAAAUAUAGCAACAAUUCCUGGCGCUACCUCAGCAACCGGCUGCUCGCCCCCAGCGACUCACCGGAGUGGCUGUCCUUUGACGUCACUGGAGUUGUGCGGCAGUGGCUGACCCACAGAGAGGAAAUAGAGGGCUUUCGCCUCAGUGCCCACUGUUCCUGUGACAGUAAAGAUAACACGCUUCAAGUGGACAUUAACGGGUUCAGUUCUGGCCGCCGGGGUGACCUCGCCACCAUUCACGGCAUGAACCGGCCCUUCCUGCUCCUCAUGGCCACCCCUCUGGAGAGGGCCCAGCACCUGCACAGCUCCCGUCACCGCCGAGCCCUGGACACCAACUACUGCUUCAGCUCCACAGAAAAGAACUGCUGUGUUCGUCAGCUCUACAUUGACUUCCGCAAGGACCUGGGCUGGAAGUGGAUUCACGAACCCAAGGGGUACCACGCCAAUUUCUGCCUGGGGCCCUGCCCUUACAUCUGGAGCCUGGACACGCAGUACAGCAAGGUCCUGGCCCUGUACAACCAGCACAACCCGGGCGCGUCGGCGGCACCGUGCUGCGUGCCUCAGGCACUGGAGCCCCUGCCCAUCGUGUACUACGUGGGCCGCAAGCCCAAGGUGGAGCAGCUGUCCAACAUGAUCGUGCGCUCCUGCAAGUGCAGCUGAGGCCCCGCCCACCCCAA